AUAAUAAAAAUGUAGCUAUAAGUUAAAUGUAACGAGUAAUCAUGGACAUUCAGAAGACCAUUGGCUGAACUCUCCAUUUAGAAAAUUGUGAGAAGACUUCCAAUCAGAAUUACUAACCUCCCUAAUUAGUUCACACUUCAAUAUGAGGACUUUGACGGAGAUAUGAUUGAUGUCACAUGUGAUGCUGAUUUACAAACCAUUAGGGAAUGUUAAUUUGAUACACAAUUAGUCACAUUGUAAUUAUAUAUUUACUAAUUUAAGGUAUGUACAACAAGUUCAAGAGGGAGGAUUUAAGAAAGAAACAGGAUGUAAUAGAAGAGAAUUAAGAAAAGAACAUAUUAAAUAAUUAGUGAGCCAACAGGUCAUGGAACUAAUCCCUGAGAUUACCAAGUAGGUUAAACAAUCAAUGACUGUUAAUGAUGUUUAAAAUAAAAUUGAAACAUAAUCAAUUAACAGCACAGCCUUGGUAGAGGUCAAAGAAGCUAAAAAAGUAGUCCACCAGGAUGUGAUGUGUGAUGGUUGUAAAAUGUUCCCCAUUGAAGGUAUCAGAUACAAAGUAAUUUUUUUCAAAUUAUAAUUUAUAGUGUGCCGUUUGCAGAGACUUUGAUUUGUGCGAAAAAUGUGAGGAUCUUGGAAAUCAUGAACAUGCUAUGUUGAAGAUUAGAAAACCAGAACAGGCUCCAUCCAUUAUAGUGACAGCUAUUGUAUUUAAUAAUUUAAAUAUUAAGGGUGACAAAUCAGAUCUACCAUAAGGAAAUACCCUAAGAACCUAAAUAGCUUAGUUGGUUUAGAAGGAACUUAACACUUCUAUUCCAUAAUCCUUAGACAUUUCAUCAAUUUAAUAAGAAUAAUAAAUCUUAAAUACAUCCACCAAUCCAGUAGUUGUAGAAUUAUGCGAAUUGUUGAGAAUUAGACCAGAAGUAGCUUAGACUUUGAUAGAAUUGUUCCCAACUCAAAGCGCAUAAGAAAUAAUGGAAAUCGUAGGUGAUGACUUAGAAUAUUUGAAUUCCCUUCAAAGAUCAACCGUCUGAUAUA